GAUUAUUGUAGGUUAUGUACGAUUUCGUUUAACUUUAAAGUUGGAGGUAAUCUUGGAAAGCAAGGCCAUUCUUCUUCAGAAAAUCUGUUCAAGCCAUCAAAACGAAAGGAUUGCUUUGGGGCAGGAGGGAGGGGCCGUCUGUAGGGUAAGCAUUGGUUCACUGAUCACUGCCAGUGUGACGUCAUGUCAUACAUCGGUGAUUUUCAAAAUGGCGGGCAAAUUUCUUGUUCGUUAUGUUGCAAAGGAUGUCAAUUUUCCGAAUGUUUGGAUUCAUCUUUUGCCUCUUUCAAUACAGGCGGAGCUUUUGAAAAUAACAUGGAAAUAUUCGCGAUAAGGUUUAGUCGGAAAAAGUUUCAAAAGCAUCACAUGAGGGAAAGAAAGGUACCGCGAAGCGUCUAUAAAUUGGCACAGUUUGUAUGAUCGUUUAUCGCUUUCGGGCAACGUGCGAGGUGGUGUGGCAAUAUCCUGAUCUCAGAAUAAGAGGAUUGGUAUAUGAUACAUUGAGCUUAAUGUACGCCGAGUUUCAGCGAGCCAAAGUGCGUAGUUCUUCUCAUCAAUCCCUUUAAAGUCGAUGGAAUGAAAAAAUGUGGACACGGCAUAAAUCCUCGGAGACCCAGGGGCAGUCAGUCGGGCCGGGAGAAAAGGCGCGACGAAAGUUUUCAAGCACAGGCGGAAGAGCCCCUGGGUACCGACUCUCACCGGACCAUUUCCAAACGGUCAAGUGAAUGCUGGCUCCUGAUUGGGCACAAAAAAUGCUUUGUAUUAUUGUGCCCAAUCGGCGAACAUGUUUCUCGUGAGUUCUUUUCGUGAGUUCGUACACGAUGGGUAUUAUGUCGCCACAGUUGCCCGGUUUGUUCACCAAGCUUGUGCGUACAAGGGAAACUUCCAUUUUCUACUUUCCUAACCAGAAACGAAGGACCUACCGAUGAGUCGAAAAACGUUUCGGAUGCUAUCAGCAGGAACAAUUCAUUUUGCACUGAGAAAAUUCUGUUUCUGACGGAUCACAAUGUAUCGUAAAUAAUCAGAUAAUAGGAAGUUUAAGAUGCGGCGGCGACGAGAUAAUAAAAAAGUAAUAGCUUGACAAGGCAAAACAACAACUUUGCACGUGCAUCACGCAUUUUGCAGAUUUCUUUGCCGUCACUGCACGACUACCACGUGAAGAUGCCUAAUUUCAGGUUUUGUGAAGGAGGUAAACAAACAAUGACAAAAUUUUCUUUCUCUUUAUGAACUUGGAUAUGGUUGAUAGAAAAUCAGCUCCAGAAGAGUUCGCUUGCAUUUGACAAAGUAAGCGAGUUGGGAGAAUCACGAUAGAGACUUGAAAAAUGUGAAUUCACUUUUCAUGCGACGUUUUCGUGGCUGUCAGCUGUCGUGGAAUCUUAAACUCCUUAAGAUUUACGAAGGCAUGAUCGAUGCAAGUAUGAAUACCUGUUGUAAGCUCAAGCUUGUAUUUUUGGAAAAGCGUCUUUAGUUUUCGGGUAGACAGUGGUAGUCUUUACACUAGAGCCUAAAUAAGCUAAGAAAUAUUUCAAGACAAGUAAGUUUUAAUUACUUCAAGUAAAAUAAAGCUUCACACACAACCGAUUCUUUUUUACUUCAGGUUAUUUUCCCACGCAACAAAAUUAAGAUUGAUUGACAUGUCUCGCCUUUCUCAAAGCUCAAGAAACCGCAAAACCGCAAGUCAGCUAAGUAGGUCAUAAGGAUGGUUUUCAAGUCGCUUGAAACUUUCUUGAACCGUUUCAACUUUCCGACUUUAAUGAGAUGCAAAGCAAAGUUACUUGAGAUUUUACUUAGGCCUUCACACACGAAUUUUUGGUUAAGUAAAACUUAGCGGCUCUUAAGUCUUACUUAACAGCCUAGUGUAAAGACAGCCAACCAGUAUUUUGAAAUAAAGUGUUUGUAUCAAACUGAAAGUUUCCUGACUGCGUGCAUUUGUUUGGUGCAUGAGCCAGACAAGCCGUGAUCGAGUCAAUAGCUAUCGCGUCGUGUACGAACUCACGAAAAGAACUCAGGAGAUGCUGUUCCCCGAUUGGGCACAAUAAUACAAAGCAUUUUUUGUGCCCAAUCAGGAGCCAGCAUUCACUUGACCGUUUGGAAAUGGUCCGGUGAGAGUCGGUACCCAGGGGCUCUUCCGCCUGUGCUUGAAAACUGACUGACUGCCCCUGGGUCUCCGAGGAUGAAAUGUAAUCUGCUUACAUCAAGUCACUACCUGUUGCAACAGGUUGGCACUAGAGAUCAUUGGUAAGUUUUGAAAUUUCCUUGUUUACUUCUAACAACAGGAGGCUUAUAUGCAUGUUUUGUGCAUGAAUCAACGACAGGAAAAUGUAAUUUUUUGAGUGGCAAAUAGAUAGCUCCUGAAAUACAUGCAGGUUAUAAAAUUAAUGUUCAGGCUCUACAAACGGCUACAAACGGUUAGACUUCAACAGUCUCUCCAUAUAUUAAUGCUAGAGGGAUAACACUGCUAGUCUAGAAUCUAUGUGCAAUUGUAUUGUACAAUAUUAACCGCAAUAUUCCAUUAAAUUAUUUUUGACCAGGGAUGCAAGGAAUCUCUGUUGUCAAAGUACAAAAUAUUAAAAUCAACAAAUUAAUACUAAUUAUUUUUAAUUUAAGAACACUAUAAUGAUAGUGUUCAAGUUUAUGCAUACAAACAGAAAUAGAUUUGAUGCAUCUUUUGUGAAGGAAUUCACUUAUUGAAACCAAUCUGUGCAACAGUCAAUCCCAAUUGUUCAGGAAGUAUUGUUUCCCCAAAUUUUAAAGUAGAAAAAUAAAUUUCAAGCUUUUUGUAACAGCCAUUAGGGGGCAGCCAGUGAGGAAUAACACGACAUGGUAUGAAUGGUAUACCUUCCUGAAUGGCCACGCAAAGACGAUGGUUUCCUUCAGUGAUAUAGGCUUUUCCAGUUGUAAGAUCACAUGAUAUAAUUAUUGGUUCUUGAAAACCAUUUUUCAAAAUGAAACAUCUUACUUGUUCAAGAUGACUGUGAUUAUUGCCAGUUUUUGGCAUGAGAGAUCUGUCAAAUUCCCUAUAUUCCGAAAGACCUUGUGUUUUGACCAUUUGAAAUUCAUGCGAAUAAUCAAAUGCAUCAGAAAUGUAAGAUUUGGUCUGCAUUGCAUGUUUUUCACUUUCUGUGGGUUCAUCAAGUGUCACAAAGAACAUAUUUGUAUCAAUUAAUGGUUGAAAUGCUUUUGCAAAAUCAUCGUCACUACUAGCUGUCACUGUCAAUUUCUGUAGUCAUGCUUUUAAUCAACUCUUUAAAGGAUUUACACUUUGACUCUUUUUUCCCACCUUUAAUGUCUGAAGUUGUUUCAGUGUCAGCUGAAAUUUGUAAAGAAGUUGGAUUGCCGUUUUUUCAUUUCAUGCAGCUUUCUGAUCGGGUCUGUAACCCAUGUGGCCGGAAAAUUCGUAACUUGGGCCAGUCUUACCAGUUCAUUAAACCUGCAAUUACAUCCACGGCAAGUACCCCGGUUAAGACCAGCAAACAUACUGUUGACACGUCGGACAAAGCCAGCCCAGCAGGGAGAAAAUCAAAAUCCGUCCGUGUCAAUUCGCGAGCAGCAAAGUCACCCUCGAUCGAAGGUUCCACAUCUGCUACUGACUAA